UGAUAAAUAUAAAUAUUUACGAGUCCUACUUAUGCAAAUGGAUAGAAAUAGCUUACCUGAUCUCCGCAAGGACAGAGACUUACACGAAAACGAAGGAGGUCAAAGUAUAUUCGAGAAUACUGCUAUUGACCCCUAUAUUUCUUCACAAUAUGAUGCUGCUAUGAAAUUUAAUUCUCAAACAAAGAGCAACAUGAGAAAUAAACAUAUAGCUAGUAAGAGGUCCACUGAUACCAUUACUAACGUAAGCCCAAGUCUUAAUAAAAAUAAUUACUUCCCGAAGCAAGACCAAUCUGCUCCAAAGGCAAUUCUAAAUAGCUCGGAGAUUCAAAACCAGAUUGUCCCAACAGGAUACUUUAAUACGAGCUCGAUGAAGAAAAGUGGGAAUAAAAAGGAUUUUAAUGCAACCUCAAGGCAACCAGAUAGUGAAAUUUUAUCUCCAAUAGAAUUACCUCAACUCAAUAAAACUAUAAGAACGGAGACUCUGUAUUCUAUAAAAUCGCAAAAAUAAUAGCUCUCCGCAUGCUAGAAUGAUGCAGAGUUUAGAGAAGACCAAGAAGAAGAGAAAGCCUCCCGCCGUGAUCCCAGAUACUGUUGAAAGUGUGAAGAGCCAUGAGACAUUGCGACAGACCAAGUAUCCUGUCACUAUUAAAGACGUUACCAGCAGGAACCAUAACAAUUCUAAGAAAUGAUACGAAAUAACAACCAUUGACGAAGAUGAGGAGUCAAGUAGCCUGAAUUAUACUCAUAAGGAACCCAAAGCUAGCAACAGCUACGCUGGUGCUCAAGUCAAGCAGACCAGUAGAUAUAAGCAUCUUAACCCAGACCUAGCGCAGGGUCACGAGAAUGGAGAUUUGAUGAAAAGUAUCAAACAUGGUACAAUCAGAAGGAACCUCAGCCAGAACACAAACCAUCUUGAAAACCCUCAGAAUAUUGCGCAUAAGCCUCAUGGAAGGGUAGAUAUGAGAAUUAAAGAGAACCAUAAGACUUUCUCAUCUCCCAAGAAGUCAAAGAAGUUCAAAAAGGACAAACUUCCAGGGCUAACUGCUCAAAAUGGUAUAUACAAGCCAUACACUCUCUCAGAUUUCGAAGGGAGAUUCAAAAAUAAGUACGUAGAGAUGGGAGGGCUUGGACACAACAGAGAUGUGAAAUGGAAUGAAGCCAACAGGAAGCUUGAGAAAAUGAAGAAAUUCUCAACACAAAUUGGUAAAAUUAAUUCUCAGAAUAUGAAGAUCCGAACCUCUCCACCUCCAAGAGAGAUCUCUAAGAGAGACAGAGCCAUAGAGUUUGCGAUGAAAAUCAAAAAACCUCGUAUUGUAGAGAAGUUAUCUUGGGAACGGCCUCUAGCAAUAGAAUCUGGCUAUUAUCCAUCUGGAAAAUUUGAAGAUGUAGACGACAAGAAGCUCAGACUAGAAAAAGAGAAAAUAAAACUGAUAUAUAAUCUUUAA